AUCCAGCCAAGCUGACAUUCAAAUGUCAUCGUUAGAUUCUCUCUCGCUCGGUAGGCUCGGCAUCCGCACAGCAGUUUACCGGUGUUCGGCAGGCAGACAACGGAUACAAUCAUUCGAGUGCAGCGUGUGAAGAAAAGGUAGUCAUCAUGUCCGAUGAAGUUGCUAAAGCCCAGGCGGCUGAUGCGACCGUAGAGGAUACCAUCUUUGGGAAAAUCAUUCGCAAGGAGAUCCCGUGCAAUUUCAUCCACGAAGACGAUCGGUGUGUCGCCUUCCAUGAUAUCAGCGCUCAGGCUCCGGUGCACUUUUUGGUGAUACCUAAGAAACCGAUCCCACAGCUAUCGAAAGCGAAUGAGGAAGAUGAGGCAUUGCUCGGUCAUCUAAUGUUGGUGGCCAAGAAGGUUGCAGCCGAACAAGGCCUCGGAGAAGGUUUCCGUAUCGUGAUCAACGACGGAAAGAAUGGUGCCCAGUCCGUUUACCACUUGCAUUUGCAUGUCCUUGGCGGACGGCAGAUGAAGUGGCCACCAGGUUAAGAGUGAUUUAUGUACCAUUUUUGAAAAUUUCGGAUUAAAUUCAUACCGAAUCUUUUAAUAAAUAUGCUUUUCAUUCA